AUGCUUGCAGAACUUGAGGCACCGAUGAAUUGGCGCUCAGUUUCUUGCGAAAAUGAAGAAACUCAGGAAACUGAUUAUGUGGAAGCCGAAAUUGAGAGUACAGACACACUGCAACCGUUACCCAAUGAACUGUUCGGUGAACAGCUGCUGAUUGCUAAAUUUCGUCUGGCCGAUUCCCUGGAAAAGCCAGCAGUUCGUUCCGGUAGCGCGAUCGGACGCGACGAAAUGGCCACCCCGCCAGGGACUGUCCCCCAAAGCCAGAGUAGACGAACCUCCGCCUCGACAGCCUCACGAAUCUCCGUCAAAGCCAAGCAACAAUCUGUUACUCCGGCAAUAGUUAUGAGCACAGCAAACGACAACAGUCGUCCGGAUUCUGUAUCCUCGCAGCAAACAUUCGUCCUUGAAAACAGUCGCCGACGACCAUUGGUUGCUCGAGACCCGUUCAAAAUCGGUUUUAAUUUUUCGAAAUUUCACUGA